AUGGAUCGAGCGAAAAUUGAAGAGAAUCGUUUAAGAAAAGCAAUCGAAUCAAAACUUCGCUAUUUUCCAGAUUUUCCUCGACAAGGAAUUAAUUUUGUAGACAUUAUGCCGUUAUUUAAUAACCCUUCGCUGCUAAAUGAAUUAUGUGCGGCCAUAGGUGAGCACGCAAAAAAUCUUCCCGUUAAAAUUGAUGCCGUUGCUGGUUUUGAAGCUCGCGGUUUUUUAUUUGGGCCACAAGUUUCAAUUAUUUUAAAUCUUCCAUUUAUCCCAAUACGAAAGAAAGGCAAGUUGCCCGGCGAAGUGAUUCAGGAGUUCUAUGAAAAAGAAUAUGGUCAAGAUGUAAUUGAAAUACAAAAAGAUGCAAUAAAAGAAGGAUGGAAUGUAUUUCUCAUCGAUGAUCUUCUAGCAACUGGUGGAACUCUUCUUGCUGCAGUUCGAUUAUUCGAAAAGUCAAAAGCACGCAUUGUUGAAGCUUUUACAUUAAUCGAACUAAGUUUUCUUAAUGCUCGAAAUAUUAUUCCAAAUCAUAUUCCGAUUUAUUCAUUAAUUUUACUUUCGAAAUAA